CUGGCGGGCGGGCGGAUGGCGGAAGGGGCCCAGGCUCAGCCGCGGCCGCGGCCGCCGCCGCCCCCGCAGCCCCCCGCGCAGCCCGGCCCCGCGCGGGGAGUCAAGCGGGAGCCCGAGCUGGAGCCGCCGCCCCCGCCGCCGCCGCCCCCGCCGCCCGCGGGCCCCGGCCCCGCUGACCCCGGCCCGGGCAAGCGGCAGCGCACCGACGAAGGGGCGGAGGGCGCGGGGGCGCGGGCCCAGGCGCGGCCCGACGAGGGGUCAGCCGCAGCAGCGGGAGCUGGAGCGGGAGCCGGAGCCGGAGCGGGAGCCGGAGCCGGAGCCGGAGCUGGAGCGGGAGCUGGAGGCAGCGGCAUGCAGAACGAGUCACUGACCCCAGGUUAUCAUGGAUUCCCAGCGAGGGACAGCCAGGCCCAGAUUUCUGCAUUGUUCUACAAAGGACCAAAGGAGUUAUGGUGGUUAAUGGUGGGUAACCAGGAGCCAACAGCCACUCCUGACGCCAUGGUUCAGCCAUUUACCACCAUCCCAUUUCCACCGCCUCCACAGAAUGGAAUUCCCACCGAGUAUGGGGUGCCACACACUCAGGACUACGCAGGCCAGACCAGUGAGCAUAACCUGACACUUUAUGGAGGUACACAGACGCAUGGAGAGCAGAGUACUAACACAGCCAGCACACAGAAUGGAGCGCUGACGCAGACAGAAGGAGGAGCACAGACAGAUGGACAGCAGUCCCAGACACAGAGUAGUGAGAAUACCGAGAGUAAAUCUACCCCUAAACGAUUGCAUGUCUCCAACAUCCCCUUCCGAUUCCGGGACCCUGAUCUCCGGCAGAUGUUUGGGCAGUUUGGCAAAAUCCUUGAUGUAGAAAUAAUCUUUAAUGAACGUGGCUCCAAGGGAUUCGGGUUCGUAACUUUCGAGAAUAGUGCUGAUGCAGACAGGGCCAGGGAGAAAUUACACGGCACCGUGGUAGAGGGCCGUAAAAUCGAGGUGAAUAACGCAACAGCACGCGUAAUGACCAACAAGAAGAUGGUCACCCCAUAUGCAAAUGGUUGGAAGCUGAGCCCAGUGGUUGGAGCAGUCUAUGGCCCUGAGUUAUAUGCAGCAGCCUCCAGUUUUCAAGCAGACGUCUCACUAGGCAAUGAUGCAGCAGUGCCCCUGUCGGGAAGGGGGGGGAUCAACACUUACAUUCCGCUCAUCAUUCCUGGCUUCCCUUACCCCACUGCAGCCACCACAGCAGCCGCAUUCAGAGGAGCCCACCUAAGGGGCCGAGGGCGGACGGUGUAUGGUGCAGUCAGAGCGGUACCUCCCACAGCCAUCCCUGCCUAUCCAGGUGUGGUUUACCAGGACGGAUUUUACGGUGCUGACCUCUAUACAGACUCUGCAAACAGACUUCAGAUCGGACAGGGUGGAUAUGCAGCCUACAGAUAUGCACAACCUGCUACGGCAACAGCAGCCACAGCGGCUGCCGCAGCUGCAGCCGCAUACAGCGACGGCUAUAGGCAGGGUUUAUACAGCAGACCCCUACCAUGCCCUUGCCCCUGCCGCUAGCUACGGAGUUGGCGCUGUGGCGAGUUUAUACCGAGGUGGCUACAGCCGAUUUGCCCCCUACUGAAGUGACGUGACCCCCUGCCGAUGGGACAGCCCCCCAUUCAUGAGGCCUGGCUAUUGCAAUAUUUACUCCUAGAGGAACUCUAUAGCAAGACGAAGAGGAAAAACAAAAAAAACACAAACACACAAAAAAAAAACACAAAAAAAAGAGAAAAUACUUUUUUAUACCUCACUAUGUUCUUUGAAUAUGUAUUUUUCCUUUAAAUUUCUGCCUUUAAUUCUUUUGUUCCAAAGAUUGUGCAUUUUUCUUUUUUUUUUUAACUGUGGUAAAAAAAAAAAACGAUGCAUUUCCAUGUCUGUAUGUCCGUGCGUAGCUUAUUCUGCCAAUCACGGAAGAGGCAGUAAAUGAGGAAGGAAAGACUUUAGAAAGUGGCCCAUUCAAUGAAUCAGAAGUGAACGGGCAGAGUUUACCGCAGGGAGUGAGUCUGGCUCGGUGAGCAGUUGUGGGACUGGCCAACAGGGGAAAGAGGCUCUUUUCCCUCCUUUCCCCAGCUCUUAGCCUUUUGUGUAUCUGGUCUUUGGUGGGCCAUCCUGAUGGACUGUGUCUGGAUCCACACGCUGAGGGGGGCGGCGGGCAGGAUUUGUGCUUUCCAAGCACCGGAGUACAGACGCUUUCCUCUCUCCUCUUCCCUUCGCCUGUUUCUUCAUUCAUUGCCGAUAUCCAUCCAGUGACAACCAUAACCAUUGUUGAUAACGCACAGAUGAGGCUGAUUGGCACCGAGAUCACCAGACCUGCCCUAGGCUGUGGGUAACUUAAAAGAAAAAAAAGUUAGGAAAUAUCUUAGAAUGAACUCUGGAGUGUGGAAACUGUUCUUUUCCUCUUUCCUUUCGGUCAUCCUAGCAGUGCCUGCUGGCUUUCUACUUUUGCGCUCCAUCCAUCUCUUUCUCUUAAACCCUUGCUUCCAUAUCCACAAAUACCAGGAAUUUAGGGCCCAGGGACAAAGGACUAGAUGUAGGCCUCUGUGUAUUUAGCUGCAGGAAUGCCGAGGAUUAGAAUGAUCACUUAAUGACUGCCUUGGGAGAGGGGCAAAGCUAGAAGGAGGACGGCAAGGUGCUCCCGCCGCCCUCCCCACCAGCAGUCUGCUGGAAAAGAUGAAGCACAAAUGUCACAGGCCAACAAACUGUCCCUGGAGCCACCUCUGGUACCUCGGGCCUGCCAAGGGCAGGCUGGGGCACUGUGUAAGUUCUAAAGCCCAUAGGAAUUUCCAUCUUCCAGAGCCUUUAUGAGUGAGUCCCUUGAAUCCACAGUCUCAAGUCUUGCUGGCCAUUCCCCCGCCUUUCAGUAUCCCCCAAAGAUACAGAGCUGAGCCCCCGAACAGCUGGGUGAGCACUAACACUACAGGAUGCCAAGUUUGGCCCCCAGAGGUUCUUCCUUCCUUGCACUGGGGAAGAAGAAGGAUUUUAAGAGCAGGGAUCUUGCAUGUUGCCCAGAAGAGAAGUCCAGCAACCAUUAGCAAUGAGGUGUUGUUCUUGAUAUCUGGUCUUGAUUGAUUUGGAUAAGU